GCGCAUGCCCCGUGCGCGCGCAGUGCCGGCGGCAGUGAUGGCGGCUCGGUGCGUGAGGGUGGUGCGGCACAAUCUCCCGGCUUUGGCGUUGUCUCUCAGGUCCUCUCCUCGGCUGCUGUGCACAGCUACAAAGCAGGAGAACAACGGCCAGAACUUGGAGGAGGACGUGGGUCAGGAUGAGCAGAAGACAGAUCUGCCGUCUGCAGAGAAGACGCUGCUGGAAGAGAAGGCCAAGCUGGAAGAGCAGCUAAAGGAGACCACGGAAAAAUACAAGCGAGCUUUAGCAGAUACUGAGAACUUGCGGCAGAGGAGCCAAAAAUUGGUGGAGGAGGCGAAACUAUAUGGCAUUCAGGGCUUCUGCAAGGACUUGCUGGAGGUGGCAGACGUUCUGGAGAAGGCAACACAGUGUGUCCCAAAGGAGGAGAUUAGCGAUGAUAACCCGCACCUGAAGAACCUCUACGAGGGGCUCGUGAUGACUGAGGUCCAGAUCCAGAAGGUGUUCAGGAAGCACGGCUUACUCCGGCUGAACCCUGUGGGGGCCAAGUUCGACCCCUACGAGCACGAGGCCUUGUUCCACACGCCGGUUGAGGGCAAGGAGCCGGGCAUGGUGGCGCUCGUUAACAAAGUGGGGUACAAGCUGCACGGGCGCACCCUGAGACCCGCCCUGGUUGGGGUGGUGAAGGCGGCUUAGUGCCCCUCACGGGCUCCGGGGCUUUGUUAGGAUCACUCGCUGACUCAGGCCGCUUCAUCUUUUCUCAUCUGCGGGUGCACUUGACCUUUUCCUAAACCUUGUUGCCAGGCUUUAGUGACCAGUGGCUGGACAGGAAGUAAGCCAGUUGCACAGUUGUGUUAAUGAACAUUCGGGAGUUACUAGUUCCACGUGCUUACAGGACAGGCCGGCGGGACGCUACCGGACCCUAGGGUAUCGGGAGAAACACCGUGUCUGCUCAGACUCGGGGGACGUCAGAGUAUUUCAAGUGAAUAAAAGGUCUUCAGGAA